AUGGACUCGUACCUUGUACAACGGCAAGCGACGACCACGUCGGAAAGUGGUAGUGAGCCGACGAGAACGCCCGACGGCUUCGUCGUCGAGAAUGGCCGCAUAGUACCAUACUGGUACACAAGGGAGGGCCUCAUCGUCAAGUGGUCCGUCUUCUUGGGUCUCAUGGUCUUCAUCACGCUGUACAUAACCAUCGGCUACAUCCACGCGAAGAAGAGGAUACGCAAGGGCCUCGUGCCUCUGGCAUACCACAGAUGGCUCGUCUCCCGCGCUGAGCUCGCACGUGUCGACCCGCGCUACGCCUACCCGCAGGCGACCUACACCAACUACCGCCCUGGCUACUACCAGCAGUACCCCCCUGGAUACAACAUGCAGAACAUGCCCCCGCCGCCCCCGAUGUACGACCCCAGCGCGCCUCGACCACCGAUGUACGACGGGCCCCAGGGAGGCAGCAAGCUGGCCCCGACCCAGGACUAUGAGGCGCCACCACCAGGUCCUCCUCCCCCCGCGCAGAGGAAUGACACGGGGUCGUCGAACCCGUUCAGGGGCUAG